AGCCCUGACCCACCCAUACACAGGCCCUUGCUCGCUGGAGCAGCAGUGACUCACCUGCCCGGCUCUCUACCCUGAGGGGCCUGCUGCCUCCGCUCCCAAACACAGGGCUGCUUUCGUCUACCAGGCUUGGCACCACUGCCAGCCGGACUGGUCCAGGGCAGUCCCUCCCAGGUACCACUGUUCCCAGAACCAAGCCAGGUCCAGCUGCAUUUUCUUGAGGCCCAAUAACAAGAAGCAGACAAACUAGGAAAGAAGGGAAUUUAUUACUGUAACUGGAUACAGGGAGAAGGCUGGAGAUAAUUCCACCAGACCACCUCAAAGUGUUACGAUUUUCCUAGUGUUUAAAGAGGUUGGGGUUAUAUGCCUACGUGCUAGCAAUCACCUAAGUCUACUGGUAACCGAUUUUGUUUCAAGUAGGUCAGAGGCAAAAAAAAAAAAAAAAAAAAAAAAAAUGCUUGCUAAGUCUGAUUAAAAGGGGCCCAGUGCCUUCAAGGCCUGUCUACUGUGGUACGGGUGUGAUUAUUUCGAUUUUAUCUCCUUUACAGCUUGGUCCAGAGAGCUGCCUUAGACUAUUCAAUGAAUCUAUUCAAACAGCUGCCUGUUACCUUGACUUGUCUUCAGAUUUUGUCGACCCGAGAUGGGUCCUGGCACUAGGAAUGUAAAACCGUUCCUAUUAUUUUGUCUGGCUCCAGCAAGAGAGAAGCCCAUGCAAGGCUCCUACUGACUGUAUGUUUCAUUUCUAGCUUCGAUGUCUGGGCACUAAUUUCCCUAGAUUUAACUAUGUGCUCAGUGUUAAGGCAGUGCUGUGGAAAUCUGUCUGUGUAACCGGGGUGCUAUGCAGGCCUGUCUGGGUGACUGUCAGGGAGAACUGUCCUGGCACACCAAGGACACAGCCCAAGGGGGGCUUUUUUCAUAGUCCAAAGAAGCUGCAGGAAACCCACCCUAGUGAGACAAAGAUCACUGCACGGUCGGUCCCCACAGGUGAUGGAAACAGGCUGGACGUGGGCCGCCUCCCCUCCGGCCUGACUUGUGUGACAGACAGGGAAACCAAUGCAAGCAACAGCAGCAGGGUUACCACAGUCCUGUCUGGGGACAGGCUUCCUUCCAGCGGGUGGGGAGCGGGCGCUCCUGCCAGACCAGCCUGGCUUCCAUGGUUCCAGGAACCCUGUUCCCCCUCAGCCCAGUCCCCGCCCCCACUCCUUGGCUUUAUGAGUUCAUUCGCUGAAGUCACCCAGAGACAAUGCUGAGUGUUCCACCCCUGAGUUGAAGCCCAGCCCAGCCCAGCCAGACACCUCCCGGUAGUGUAAAUGAGGACAAUGCCCGCUGGCCCACGUGACGGGGGGAUGUAGACGGCAGCGGCGCCAGUCGCUCCUGGCACCAUGGACGAUGCCACAGUCCUAAGGAAGAAGGGUUACAUCGUAGGCAUCAAUCUUGGCAAGGGUUCCUACGCAAAAGUCAAAUCUGCCUACUCUGAGCGCCUCAAGUUCAAUGUGGCUGUCAAGAUCAUCGACCGCAAGAAAACACCCACUGACUUUGUGGAGAGAUUCCUUCCUCGGGAGAUGGACAUCCUGGCAACUGUCAACCACGGCUCCAUCAUCAAGACCUACGAGAUCUUUGAGACCUCUGACGGGCGCAUCUACAUCAUCAUGGAGCUUGGCGUCCAGGGCGACCUCCUCGAGUUCAUCAAGUGCCGGGGAGCCCUGCACGAGGACGUGGCGCGCAAGAUGUUCCGACAGCUCUCCUUGGCCGUCAAGUACUGCCACGACCUGGACGUUGUCCACCGGGACCUCAAGUGCGAGAACCUUCUCCUCGACAAGGACUUCAACAUCAAGCUGUCUGACUUCGGCUUCUCCAAGCGCUGCCUGCGGGACAGCAAUGGGCGCAUCAUCCUCAGCAAGACCUUCUGCGGGUCAGCGGCAUAUGCAGCCCCCGAGGUGCUGCAGGGCAUCCCCUACCAGCCCAAGGUGUACGACAUCUGGAGCCUGGGUGUGAUCCUCUACAUCAUGGUCUGCGGCUCCAUGCCCUACGACGACUCCGACAUCAGGAAGAUGCUGCGUAUCCAGAAGGAGCACCGUGUGGACUUCCCGCGCUCCAAGAACCUGACCUGUGAGUGCAAGGACCUCAUCUACCGCAUGCUGCAGCCUGACGUCAGCCAGCGGCUCCACAUCGAUGAGAUCCUCAGCCACUCGUGGCUGCAGCCCCCCAAGCCCAAAGCCAUGUCUUCUGCCUCCUUCAAGAGGGAGGGGGAGGGCAAGUACCGCGCCGAGUGCAAACUGGACACCAAGCCAGGCUUGAGGCCCGACCACCGGCCCGACCAUCAGCCCGACCACAAGCUUGGAGCCAAAACCCAGCACCGGCUGCUGGUGGUGCCCGAGAACGAGGACAGGGUGGAGGACAGGCUGGCUGAGACCUCCAGGGCCAAAGACCAUCACGUCUCCGGAGCGGAGGUGGGGAAAGCAAGCACCUAGCAUGACGAUGGCCCCGUCGUGUGGGGUGGGGGUCGUGGUGGGGGGGCAUGGCGCAGUCGGCCUUCACAUUAACUAAGUAGGCAGGUAGGAUCUGAAGAAGGCACAGGUGCAAGUAAAAUUCGUCAAUUAAACCACUAUUUUGAUUAC